AUGGCAAAUGUGGGAGUCGCAGAUGUGCAAAAUGGAAGAUUCGCUCAGGAAAUGAAGAAAUUUCUCUUUUAUUCGAAGUCGUACGCAAAGCCUGAUGGAGAAAUCGAGGAAAACGACUCUUUGCGUACUCCGAAAGGGUCGACUGUGAAUAUUUAUGACAAAGAUGGAAAUAAGUUCGAAACAAAGGUGGUAUUCAAGGGUUCAUUUCGAGAUUAUUUGCUUUUGGAAUCGGAUGAGAAGCUUGCCGAGGAUGUUCCAUAUGUUUCUACAAAUGUCAUCGACGGUACUCACUAUUUGAUCAUGGGCUAUCGAGAUGGGAGCGAAAAGGCUUUGCCAGCGGAUGCUCUUCUAGAACCAUCGUUUCUUCCGGGCACUGUCACGUCCCGGGAGUAUGACAAAAACGGUCACUAUGGCGGUACUUCUGCGGAAAUGCCCGGUUUUUCUGGGGGUCCUGCCUACCAGAAAUUAAAUGGCAAGGAGUUUCUCGGAUUUUGUCUUAAAGGGGCACAUUCGCUUGCAGGGACUCAAUGUUAUCAAAUUGUCGCUGGACAUUCGAUGGAAAACGCAUUGAUCUAUUUAGAGGAAUACGAAAAGAUGCCGAAGUUGCGUCUCUGGUGGGUACUGCUGUUGUUCUUCGCAUUUUAUGUGGAAGAAGGAGACUCAAAGAAGAAGAAAUCAACGGAUUAUUAUCAAGUUCAAUACUACGCACCCAGCGAUUACUAUGGUGGUGAUACAACGCACGUGGAUCCCCUUCAACCGUACUAUGGAGUUGUGUAUGGAGUGACGGCACCCGUCAUCAUCAUCUUUAUCUACGUGGCAGCUGUCGGACUACGCGGACUUGACGUGCGACGAUGGAUGGUGUUGAAUGUUUUGUUGUGGAUGAUCUGGUAUGGGAUGCUCAAUGCGGAUGGAGCCGAUCAUUCCCCGUGGAAAGGUUGGCUUGGCUUCGAUCCCGAAUCGUCAAACCAAUACAACACAUACUUCCAAGAAUUGGCCAUCUCAACGAUCACUGGAUCUCUUUGUCUUCUUUACAUUGAGUCAAUCGUCAGCUCAAUCCUUUAUAUAAAUCAUCCAAAAGCUCAAUACUCGAUCGUCUACAAUAUCAUCUGGUUCAUUUUCUAUAUUCCGGUCUUGAACGGGAUUCAGCUCUUCUGCUUUAUUGCCAAGUAUCAAAUGACAACAACCAUUUGGUGGUAUGAUCCGAUCGAUUGUCUCCUCUGUGUGACCUAUGUCUUGGCGUAUCUUCUCUGGUUGAUUCAUUUCAUCGCCACCCUCGUCCUCUCAUGUCUCAUCCCGAUUUUUGGACGAAAACAUAAAGAUCCACAAACAGAGUUCUUCAUGCUUCCAGUCUUAAAAAUGUGGCUCGUUUUCAUCUAUGGUAUCAUUCCAAAGGUUCUCAUCAUCCCAUAUGUCUCAGUCCCUCUCGUUCAAUUCCUCUUCACAAAUUUCGCUGAUGAGAUGCUCGAACUCAUGCAAAUGUUUACAUCUGAUGGCUUUGGAAUAAGUACAGGUGGCCUUCCAUCAGGCGGUAAUGAAUAUUGGCUCACGCUUGGUCUUCAAUUCAUGGGAAAUCGGGACUAUUUCAUGCUCUAUCUCCCGUUCAUUAUCACCAUUUUGUCCGUUCUCUGCUUCCCAUGCUUCUAUAGACCGUUGCUCAUCUUGAUCUCAUGUGGUCGAAUUUGUUCGUCAAGUCAGAAAAAACCGUUGAGAAGUCCACCUCCAUCGUAUCCGGGAAAUGUAGAAGAGAAAAAGAUUCCACCAAGU